AUGCGUCUAUUCUUCUUCCUUUUCGCCCUGCUGAGCUCCACGCUCACCAGCGCAGCUAUCACGCGUGGACAAUUCUCCCAGGUCACGGAUAGUUGGGGCUCGAAUCCAACUAACACUGGAUUUUACAUUUAUGUCCCGAGAAACCUGGCUUCAAAGCCAGGCAUUAUUGUAGCUAUACAUUACUGCACCGGAACGGCACAAGCAUAUUAUCAGGGCACCCCAUACGCCCAGCUCGCUGAGCAGUAUGGUUUCAUAGUUAUUUAUCCAAGUAGUCCCUAUAGCGGUACCUGCUGGGACGUCAGCUCUCAUGCAGCUCUUACCCACAACGGUGGCGGAGACAGUAACUCGAUUGCAAAUAUGGUUACUUGGACGACCUCUCAAUAUAACGCCGAUACAUCCAAGAUCUUUGUAACUGGUUCCAGUUCAGGAGCUAUGAUGACCAAUGUCAUGGCUGCAACAUACCCUGAACUUUUCAAAGCUGCGAUAGUCUACUCUGGCGUAUCCGCCGGCUGCUUCUAUUCCGCAGCCGGCCAAGUUGACGCUUGGAACAGUAGCUGUGCACAAGGACAAGUCGAAGCCUCCCCUCAAGCCUGGGCCAGUAUCGCCGAGAACAUGUAUCCCGGCUAUUCCGGGGCACGACCCAAGAUGCAAAUCUAUCAUGGCAGUAUUGACACCACUCUCUAUCCCGAGAAUUAUAAUGAGACUUGUAAGCAGUGGGCUGGCGUCUUUGGAUAUAACUAUGGUGCUCCACAGCAAGUGGAACAGAAUAACCCUCAGUCGCAGUAUACGACUACCAUCUGGGGACCGAAUCUACAUGGUAUCUAUGCUACUGGAGUUGGGCAUACGGUGCCUGUGAAUGGAGCUCGGGAUAUGCAAUGGUUUGGCUUUGCAUGA